AUGUUACGUUGGCUUGAAAUAAUUUACUAUAUUUUUUGUUUUAUUUUGUAAUAAAACAAAAAGUAAAUAUUUGAAAACAUUUGCCAAAAAGAAUCUCGUCUUUUAAGUAAUAUAACAAUGUGCCGGUUUAUGUAAUAAAAAUAUCAACUUAUGUGAUUGCAUUGUAAAAAAAAUAAUAUUAAAAACAUUUUUGUGUUGGAGUUUUUUUUUAUUGUGCGUGGGAGCAACCAAUUGUCCUUGGCAUUAGUUUUGUUUAAUUAAAACAAAUACACUCUCUUAUAAGACUGCCGCGGUGUACUCUAAUAGAUAAAUAACAAAAAAUAAAAAAAAACCUUUUGACAAAGUUGAUGAUGCAACGGAUUGUUUUUACUUUCAAGUGAUUUGUUUGGAAUUCAUUGUGUUUAAAGGUUACCUCACACAAAAAAGAGGUAUCCAAUAUUAUUGGCAGUUUUAUAUAUUAAUUUGUAUUUAAUUGAAAAAAAUACAAAAAAAAAAGACAAUCAAACAAAAUGAUUCCUGGGUAUGGACCAGUAACACAAGCGUUGCUUGGAACGCUUCUAACUUGGGGUCUCACAGCUGUUGGAUCGGCAAUGGUCAUAUUUGUCCGAGGAAAUCAAAGAAAGUCACUAGAUGUAGCUUUAGGAUUUGCUGCUGGUGUUAUGAUUGCAGCAUCAUUCUGGUCACUCCUAUCUCCAGCGAUUGAAUUGGCUGAAGGAUCUGGCUUAUAUGCCCAAUAUGCAUUCUUACCAGUUGCCGGUGGUUUCUUGUUGGGAUCGAUAUUUGUUUAUGGUACCGACAAACUGAUAUCAUAUUUGGGCAUCAAUAGUUCACACAUGAUGAUCUCCCUGACGCACUCAAAUAAAGACAAAGCAGAAAUCGCCUUGGAUGAUGUUCAGCAUUCAAGACAAAGUGUUGAUCGCACUUCAACCAAAGGAAUGCAAAGCUUUUCAGAUUGUCUCAGUGUCCAACACAGCGGAGAAUCGAGAAGAAGAAAAAAUAAAAUCAAUUCCGACUUGGAACAAAAUACUUAUUCAGACCAGGCACGUAUUGAUCAUGAGAAUGCGAUAUCACAAUGGAAGCGUAUUAUGUUAUUGGUUGUUGCCAUUACUGUCCACAACAUUCCCGAAGGAUUGGCUGUAGGUGUGAGUUUUGGUGCCAUUGGUACAACAGAUUCAGCCACAUUCGAAAGUGCGAGAAAUCUAGCAAUCGGUAUUGGAAUACAAAAUUUCCCCGAAGGACUUGCUGUCAGUCUGCCCCUGCAUGCUGCUGGUUUUAGUGUGCCAAGGGCAUUUUGGUAUGGUCAACUAUCUGGUAUGGUUGAGCCAAUUUUCGGAGUCCUAGGAGCUGUGGCUGUAACAUUUGCAAAUUUAAUUUUGCCAUAUGCUCUGUCAUUUGCAGCUGGAGCUAUGAUUUAUAUUGUUGCUGAUGAUAUCUUGCCAGAAGCACAUGCGAGUGGAAAUGGCCUUCUAGCGACUUGGGGAACAAUUGUUGGUUUCAUUAUAAUGAUGUGUCUAGAUGUUGCAUUAUCUUGAUUCUCAUCUACCACCAAUCAAACCGAACGAGUCUGGAUGAGAAAAUAUGAAACGUGUAUUCUAACUGAGAGACUCAUACCUACGCCAUUUGUUAAUUUACUAUUCUAGAUGUCUUAUUUAAAUAAUUUUAUUACCAUUUUACCAAAAUAAGAAAAAAACACAAUCAAUACUUAAAUGAGAAAAAAAAUACUGCUUUCUUUCAUCUUACAAGAACAAAAAAAAAAAAAAAAUUCAAAAAAACAUUCUCUCCAUUUUUCCUAAACAUACAAAACAUAAUAAAUUCAAGUUCAUUGUCUAUCAAAUGUGAUUCUUAAAAUUACUUAAUUUUA